UUGCAAACUCAUUUUGACGCUCUCUCUUUCCAUUUUCCUUUUCUUCUGCUCUUAUAACCUCUUGUAAAAGAAGUAGGAGGAGGAGGAGGAGGAGGAGGAAGAGGAUAAAGCCUAUUGGUAGACUCUCUAGAUCCGACGAGAUCUGUUGCAACAGAACCGUCCUCGAAAUCUAGAGCUUUCUAUUUUUCUCACUGUUAAGUGAAUACGCAAAUAUUUGAUGUUAAGGAAGAGAAAGCAAUGAAUUGAGGGGGUUUGCUUGUGAAGAGGGAAGGAGACGGAGAGACAGAGAGGGAGGGAGCGCGUGGCGCGGAGAGAUGAAUGUGAGUCAUGCGUCGGUUCACCCAGUGGAAGAUCCUCCGACGACGGACGGUGGAAACAAUAAUAACAACGCGCCGAGAGUGAGAAUGAAGGACAUACAAGGAAUGCCUGGCACGAAAGCUGGCCUCACUUUGCGCGUCUUUCAGUUUUUCUUUGCGGCUGCGGCGCUUGCUGUCAUGGCCGCCACCAGUGAUUUCCCUUCCGUGACUGCUUUCCGAUACCUUGUUGCUGCUGCUGGUUUGCAGUGUUUGUGGAGCCUUACCUUAGCUAUUGUGGACAUUUAUGCUCUCUUAGUGAUGCGCUCCUUGCAGAAUUAUCGAGUUGUCAGCCUGUUUGCUUUUGGUGAUGGGAUCACAUCUACACUUACAUUUGCUGCAGCUUGUGCUUCUGCUGGCAUCACAGUCCUUAUUGAUAAUGACCUAGGCAGCUGUUCUCAGAAUCACUGUGUGCAGUUUGAAACUUCUACAGCCAUGGCUUUCAUCAGCUGGUUCACUGCAUUACCUUCUUUUCUCCUUAACUUUUGGUCGCUGGCAUCCCGAUGACAAAAAAGAAAAAAAAAACUUAAAAAGAGGAGAGAAGAGAAUGAUGAUAGUGGCCAUUUUUGUUAGAGAAACUGAAAUACAUGGUCUUGUUUUGAUCUUUGUUACCUGAUGUGUGCAAUUUAAACUCAGUUUCUCUUCCAUUGCGAAUGUUUUGUAAAAAAUGGUCAACGUAUUCAGGGUUCUUUGUUGUUGGGGGACUUUGAGUACUCAGGAAGCGCAUUUGAUUUUCCCACUGCGGUGUAGAUAUUCAAUGUGGAACAUCUCAAAAAUGAGAGUGUAAGUUUGAAAGGCGAUAUUAUUUUUCUCU